UUCAUAAAACAAUGUGUUAAGCGAUAACUUCCUUCUCGCGCGCGAAAACAUCUGUUUUCCUUCCACUUUCGACCAAUCGGAAGCGAGCCGAUGCCGACGUCAUACUUACAUCUGGUGAAGAUGACGUCAAUAAAUUACUCUCUUUAUAGAUUUUUCACGGGCCUUUUAAUAAUCAUUUUCAAAAUAUAUAAUUUUUGAAUUUCCUAAUUAAUUUUUUCGUAUUUAAGUUCAUUAAAUAUACACAAUUGGUCAUUCAAAUGUCACGACUUGUUACGGUUUCUCGCGUUACCUAAAGACGUAAUCGUUUUCGGUUGUUUACGUAAAUAUUAAUGACGCAGCUUACUAAAAAUGGAAUAAUAACGAAUAAAAAGCCGCAUUUUGUUUGCUUUAAAAGCCGUGUCACGUGAUCGGGUACUUAAAGAAGUCGAUCUUCAGUUUUUAGACAAUCGAACUCUGUUUUAUGUCAAGCACGAAAUAUGAAUAAAGCUUUGUCAAAUUUAAGAGGCACUCUACGAGGUUUCGCCUCUCCCCUUCGUCGCGCGACUGAUGGAAUCGAAACGAGUUUCUUGGCUGCAGUUAAUAUCGGGUGGGAAGGAAAUCGGCGCAGCGUCGCCUCGCCCACUGGCAAGGACGUGUCCCAAAAAUAUAACUUACGCCCAGCUCGAAUUACUCGACGCUUCGACUCCAUCGACUGACGAUGUUUACCGACGAUAAAAACUCACGGGACACUUCCGAAGACUGGUCACGUACUAGCCCCAAUUUGGAGAGGGAUUCUUUAGAGGAGUUGAGGGAGGAGAGACAGCACAGUCCCGUUUUAACCCAUUCUUUAAGGGUUAGAUCGCCUUCCAGGCAUUGCUCUUCCCCCAGGCGGCCUUACGCUUUAGAAUGCUGUCGAAUACCUACUCCUACGUAUUGUUGCAGCCCAGUUCCUCGCUGUGUACAGAUGGAUGUCAUGCCAUACUGUUGUCAGCAUCCUUAUGCGUGUACUCCCCUGUGGAUGAGGAGUUCUCCCACACCUCAAAUGGUCUGUCAUACUCCUAACUAUUCCAGGGGGGAGGACUCUUGGAGGAAGUAUUUCAAGCCCCAGGACCAGUCUGAAGAAUGCCAGCAGUUGCAGGAAAAGUUGCAAACUUUAGAAAAUGAUAAACAGAAUUUGCUGUUGCAGGUGAAUGUGCUAACGGAACAAAUUGACAUCCAGACCGAUAAAAUUCAGGAAUUGGAAACUGAAUUACAAAAGAAAAAGAAACAGCUUGCUAAUUCAGAAGAGAUGUUGCAGCAGGAAAUUAUGUCUCGUGCCUCUUUGGAAAACAGUCGUUUAGAUCUUUUGACCGAAAUUUCCAGCUUACGACUGCAGCUGGCUGCAUCUCAGCAAAAACAAUUUGGCUUUGAGGAGAAAUAUAAAAAAUUGGAGAAUGAACUAUUAAGGAACAGGCUUUUAACUAAGAGUACUGAAUCAGUGCUUCAGCCUUGGAUGCUGAGUACAAAGUCUACUGCAGAACCAAGUACAGAAAUUGAAAAACUCAGGAAAACUUUAGAAUCAGUUAUGGAAGCUAAUAAAGAUAAAGAAAAGAAAAUCAUAGACUUAAAAACAGCUGUUAACAGAUAUAAAGAUCUGCAAGAAAUUCUUUCAGGUGAAGAAGGAAAUGUAGAUGCUCCUCAAGAUCUUCGAACUUCUCACGAUUCAUUAUUUGUUCCCUCUCCCUAUGGAACAGUAAAUUCAAAAAAAUCUGAAUAUAAUUAUCAUUCCUUCGGUAAGCCUCCUCCCACACCAAGAUCCAUAGAUGUCAUGAGGCCAUUUUCUGCAGAUUUGUUUCGAUCUAGUCCUUUCAAGGAGCCAAAUAUUCAAAGUGGUGGAAACUUACUUCGCCCUUAUUCCAAAACUCCACCACCCAGAUUUCAUUCCAGCAGUUUGUCUAGACCACCGAGCUUUGAAGCAUCAUCGUUUAUACACAUUCCUACUAAAUCGGUAAUAAGUGGCAGUGAGAUAUGGGAAACACCACAAAGUAAAUCGAAUCCUACUUCUCCCACUACUCAAGCCAUAUCAUAUCAAAGUCUUUAUAAUCCCAGUUUGGAUAAUUUCAAUACUGCAAGGAAUAAACGUUCAGGAUUUAUGAACAACAGUUGGUUCAAAAGGAAAAAGCGAAGCAAUAGUACUCCAGAAUUAGCACAAUGUGAAAUGAAAGACUUCGAUGAAAGAGCCUCUAUGCGCAGUUCUAGAAGUCGUUAUUCAUCUUUACCCACAAGUCCUGUACCAGUUGGAAAGGAAAAAAAAGGUUUUAGAAAGUUAUUUGGCAGAGCAAAACAAGAUAAAUUUUCAAAAUUAAAUCAAAAUGAACAAACUUUAGACAGGUUAAACAAAGAAUGGUCACCUUCUCUCACAACUGAUCCAAUCCCCAAAACAAAAAUGAAAUUCACUGUAGAAGGAAUUGGUGUACCUUUCUCUAAUUGGGAUACUGACACAGUUGUCGAAUGGAUGGACGAAAUUGGUCUAGGAAUGUAUCGUAAUGAAUGCAAAAAAUGGAUCAAAAAUGGUGAUCAGUUAUUAAAGGCAACUAAUGCCAACCUAGAAAAAGAAUUAAAAAUCAAAAAUAGUCUGCACCGUAAGAAACUUCGACUAGCUUUACAGACAAUAGGAUCUGAAAGCAGAGGACUGGACGAGAUAGCAGGACAGUUAGAUUAUCAUUGGGUAAUUAGCUGGUUAGAUGAUAUUGGCUUGCCACAGUACAAAGAUAUAUUUGCUGAAGCUCGUAUAGACGGAAGGGUUUUGCACUAUCUCACUGUUGAAGAUUUGAUUACUUUAAAAGUAACAAAUUUAUUACAUUUCACCAGUAUCAAGAGAGGCAUUCAAAUGCUGAGAAGAUAUAAUUUUCAUCCUUCUUGCUUGAUAAGAAGAUCAGUUCCAAAUGAAGAAAUCUCAGCAAACUUAAUUAUUAGAUGGACAAAUCACAGGAUUAUGGAAUGGUUGAAAACUGUUGAUCUUUCAGAAUAUGCUCCUAAUUUAAGAGGAAGUGGUGUCCAUGGAGCUUUAAUGGUGUAUGAAAAUAGUUUUAAUGGGGAUCUUUUAGCAUCUUUACUCAAUAUACCUUCUUCUAAGACACUUCUAAGAAGACAUCUGUCUCUUCGCUUUAAAGAACUUUUAGGCAGUGAAGUAAUGCAGAAUAAGAGAGAUUCUGAAAACAAACCCGGUUUUAUCAUCCUCACACCAACUGCUAAAAUCAAGGCAGGGCGAAAGAGACACUUUAGACUCAGUUUCCGAAACAGAUCCAUGCUGGACAUGGAAGAUUUUGUUUGUCCUCUGGAGACCAAUUUACCUGAUUAUAAUAUUCAGAUUAUUCCACAGGAAACAGAUUCAAAAAAGGAUAAUGAAAAAGAAACAGAAGAUUUAUCCUUACCAGUAACAGAUACAAGUGUGUAACAACUCAGUUAUCAUAAUAUUAAUAAAAUAACACAAUGGUUUUCAAUCAGAA